UUACCGUCAGAGGAGUAUCAGUUCAAACGAUGGAUGUCACAUCACAACAAAGUCUACAACAGCAAAGAAUACUUCCAUCGCCUCCGCAUCUUCAUAGAGAACAAGAAGAUGGUGGAUGUCCAUAAUGCUGAGAGUCACACUUUUUUGGUGGGCCUAAAUCAGUUCUCUGACAUGACAUUCGAAGAGUUCAAGAAUUUCUUCCUCCUGCAGGAACCUCAGAACUGCUCAGCCACCAAGGGAAACCAUGUCAGCAGGAGCGGCCCUUAUCCCAAAGUUGUGGACUGGAGGGCCAAAGGCAACUUUGUGACCCCUGUAAAGAAUCAGGGUCACUGUGGGAGCUGUUGGACCUUCUCCACCACAGGCUGUUUGGAGUCAGUGAACGCCAUCACCACCGGAAAGCUUAUAUCUUUGUCUGAGCAGCAGCUUAUUGAUUGUGCACAAAACUUCAACAACCAAGGAUGCAUGGGUGGACUUCCCAGUCAGGCCUUUGAGUACAUCAAAUACAACAACGGCAUCAUGACAGAGGAGGACUACCCCUAUAAAGGCUAUGAUGACACAUGCCACUUCCACCUGCCGCUUGCCGCCGCUUUCGUCCACGAAGUUGUCAACAUUUCGAGUUAUGACGAAGACGCCAUGUUGGAUGCCGUAGCCAGGCUCAACCCGGUGACUUUUGGCUUUGAGGUGACGGCCGACUUCAUGCAUUACAAAGAUGGCGUUUACACUAGCACUCUGUGUAAGAACACAGCCGACAAGAUGAAUCACGCCGUUCUGGCCGUGGGUUAUGGCGUUGACGACAACAACACAACGCCAUAUUGGAUUGUGAAGAACUCAUGGGGCGUCGCCUGGGGAGUGGAUGGGUAUUUCAUGAUUGAACGAGAAAAAAACAUGUGUGGACUGGCUGCUUGCGCUUCCUACCCCAUUCCUGGGGUUUGAAAAGUUACUAUAUGUAAGACCCGCUGUACUGCAAUGCAAAUUUUGUGUAAAGUAUGGAAAUAAGCAAGUGUGAAUUGUGCUACAAAGACAACCAAAAAGUCACAAGGUCUUGGAUACGCAUUGUGCUGCAAUGGAUUUAUGUGCGUAAAAGCUCAUGUUACACUGUAGUUUUGUUGUGUUGCUGAGCCAACAGGUCAGCUGCCAUGUCAAUUUGUCACUUUGUAUGGAAGUUUACAGUUUUAAAGCAACAAAAUAUCAAUGCAGAAUACUUUUCUGCAUUUAUGGUAUCACACAAGUGAGAAUUUACAGUGAUACAUAACAAUGAAUGCUGCAUGUGUACUACUACAGAAAUACAGUUUCUGAAAGGCUUUACAUACUAUUACUACUAAUGUUGUUGCAUGUAGCAAAUGUUUUCAGUAUUUCAGUAAUGCUAGGA